AUGCACGGACCUGCAAGUGGCCGGUUAAGCGAGAAUGUUGCGAGUGUGGGCACAUCCGAAUUUCGAGACAACUCUUGGACAAUUGAACUCUUUCGACAACCCCUUCUCGACUCAUACCCCCUGUCGACCAAUUUCGCCAUGGCCGAUAUCGAUGUCAAGGUCGCUUCGUGGAAGCUGGUUGAGGUUGGCCGCCUAGUGCUGAUCCGCAGCGGACCCUUCGAGGGCAAGCUUGCUGCCAUCGUUGAGAUCGUGGACCACCGCCGUGUCCUGGUCGACGGUCCCUCCACCGAGGAGCAGAAGAUCGUGCCCCGUCACGUUCUCCCUCUCGCCCACGCCACCCUCACUCACUUCACCAUCCCCCAGCUUCCCCGUGCUGCCGGUACCGGUCCCGUGAAGAAGCUUUGGGCUAAGAACGAGAUUGAUGGCAAGUGGGCCAAGAGCUCCUUCUCUCAGCGCACCGACCGCGCCGAGCGCCGCAAGAACCUGUCCGACUUCGAGCGCUUCAAGGUUCUGCGCCUCCGCAAGCAGGCUCGCUACGAGGUCCAGAAGUCCCACGCCAAGGCUCGCGCUGCCAACAAGUCAUAG